AUGGCUGCGGGGGGAGCCUGGGAGGCUGCCUGCUUCCCCGCAACGUGCAUCUGCCGGAAGCCGCACGAGAGCAGCUGGAGCACCAACCUUCCCGGCACAGUCAGUGUCGUUUUGCUGAACUGUUUCCUAGCCCAGCUGGCUGACUGUCGGCUGGACUUCGACUUACCCUACAUGGAGACCAUCUUUCUGAAUGCAGCUGAUAUCCUCGGUGCUGGACAGUACCAGAUGAGCCAUUUGUGGCUAGUAACAUGCGUUAAUAGCAUCGCGAAGCAGAAACUUGUCGACAAAGGCGAGCUGCUGGUGAAGGGCCUCAAGUGCCUUGUCAUAGACCCAGAAUGCAAAAAUAUCAAGAUGAAGCUUCUUUGGCUUCCUCCACACCUCGAACAGCGACGGAUUGUUGAAGCGCUAGAACCUUAUGGAACAGUGCAGUCUAUCACGAGAGAAAUGUGGCGGUGUGACGGCAUGGAGGGCUGGCAAAUGACUAAUCGCGACGUGGCGUUUACACUGAAGGACGGAGUCUCUGCAAGUAAUCUGCCUCACCUAUUGAGCAUAUACGGGCACCAGUGCCUCAUCUUGGUUCCUGGCCGACCACCACUUUGCCUACGGUGCAACAGAGUCGGACAUAUCCGGCGACAAUGUAGGACACCACGCUGCAGCAACUGUCACCGCUACGGUCACAUUGCAGAUGCAUGCAUCGGAACCUACGCUGACAAGCUUCGUGGAAACAGACCAGCUGAGGAUGAGACCAUCACCGAUCAUCUAAUGGAUGUGAGCGAGGUUGUGGAUGCGACCGGUGAAACACCCGCUGAAGCUCAUCGACAGGAAGAGACAAAGCCUUCAUCGGCUGACGAUAGCCUUAGCCCGAAGCCUGCCGCUGUGGAGGAUAGUGUACCGUGA